ACGCGUUUGAAUGUCAUUAUUUGGAAAGUGUGAAUAUACCAAAAAGCCGUCUCUUUGCUCCAUUAUUCCUAUUUUUUAAAAGAAAGAAGAAGAUACUUACUUGAUCCAGCUCCAUGUGAUUCACAUUCGAAAGUCAUUAACUAAAUGCAGUCAACGGCGCCCUUUCAUCCCUCCAUAUUAGUUUCCUUCCAGAUCCGUUUUUUAACCAAUUCUACUCUUUAAACAUCUCCCUUCCCUUCAUCUUCUGCUUUUCUCUCACAAUCCGUUUUCCAGAUGGAUGCAACGACGUCGGAUUCUAACUUGGAGUCCAUUUUGAAAGAGUUUCGCAUCCCUUCUUUCAUUUUUGACGCUGAAUCGGAUGUUUCCGAUGAUGAAUCUCCUCCUCCUGAGUGUCCUGUUUUAGUUUUUAUAAACUCCAAGAGCGGCGGCCAGCUCGGUGGUGAUCUCCUCGUUACAUAUCGUUCUCUUCUUAAUGAAAAACAGGUGUAUGAUUUGGGAAAUGAAGCUCCUGAUAAAGUUUUGAGAAGAGUUUACCUUAAUUUGGAGCUGCUUAAGUCUCGUGGAAAUAACUUAGCCAUUCAGAUUCAGCAGAGCUUGAGAAUCAUUGUUGCCGGUGGUGAUGGAACGGCCGGCUGGCUUCUCGGUGUCGUUUGCGAUCUGAAGUUCUCUCAUCCACCUCCAAUUGCCACAGUGCCGCUUGGAACUGGAAACAAUCUACCAUUUGCGUUUGGUUGGGGAAAGAAGAAUCCUGGAACAGAUCGUAAUUCUGUGAUUUCAUUUCUGAACCAAGUAAAGGAAGCAAAGGAAAUGAAAAUAGACAAUUGGCAUAUUCUCAUGAGGAUGAGAGCUCCAAAAGAAGGUUCCUGUGAUCCCAUUGCACCUCUUGAGCUACCACAUUCUUUGCAUGCAUUUCACCGUGUUUCUGCAACUGAUGAACUCAAUAAGGAAGGUUAUCACACAUUUCGGGGGGGAUUCUGGAACUACUUCAGCAUGGGAAUGGAUGCUCAAGUAUCAUAUGCGUUUCAUUCUGAACGGAAGUUGCAUCCAGAAAAAUUUAAGAAUCAGUUAGUUAAUCAGAGUACUUAUGCAAAGCUUGGUUGUACACAAGGGUGGUUUUUUGCUUCUCUUUUUCAUCCUUCUUCAAAGAACAUAGCUCAGCUUGCACAGGUUAAGAUCAUGAAAAAACAUAGUCAAGAAUGGCAAAAACUGGAUAUACCCUCCAGCAUCAGGUCCAUUGUAUGCCUUAACUUGCCCAGCUUUUCUGGUGGUCUGAGUCCUUGGGGGACGCCUAAUAGCAAGAAACAGCAUGAGAGGAGCUUGACUCCUCCAUUUGUAGAUGAUGGACUUCUUGAGGUUGUUGGUUUUAGAGAUGCUUGGCACGGGCUUGUUUUGCUUGCUCCAAAUGGACAUGGGACUCGUCUUGCACAGGCACAUAGAAUCCGUUUCGAGUUCCACAAAGGUGCUGCCGAGCAUACAUUCAUGCGGAUUGAUGGUGAACCUUGGAAGCAGCCCCUACCGGAAGACGAUGAUACUGUAGUAGUUGAAAUAUCUCACCUUGGCCAAGUUAACAUGCUUGCCACCCAUGAUUGCAAGUCUAAAAGCAUUCAUGAUCCUUUAUCACUAAGCCAUCACAAUGAUGGGGAUGAUGAUAGUAACGAAGACGAACCUGAACAUGGUGAAGAGUGGAGGAAAUUUGGUGCAGCUGAGACAUUUAAGAUCCCAGAUGGGGUUGAGAUUGCCCAUCUUAGUUAAAUCCUUUUGAGUAUAAAAUUUCUUCUUUGGUUUGCAUUUCUUAUUGAUAGUGUAUGAUUGGUUGUUGGUCUUCAGAUUUUCCCGUUAUGUAAAUGUUUCAGUAAUAUUUUAAUCGCUACAAAAUAUUGAUUUGUGAAUAAGCAUUUGAAAUGUGUGGGGUUAACAGUAAAUUACUGUAUUUGAUUUUACAAAUGAAUUCUUAUUGUUCUGUUUCUCUACUUAAA